AUGAACGCCGCGACCGACUUUUACCGGUCGCAGGUGGGCGGCACCGGUGUCAUCAACUACAGCUACACAGAUUUUCCCUGGCGCCUCUUCAUCAAAGAUGUCUAUUAUUUCUUCGUCUACUGCUGGGCGCUGCCAUGGGUCGUCUUGCCGCUCACGCCGACUGACUCGGGCGAGUUGGACGAACUCUACCCCAGCUGGGCCAACCUGUGGUGCCUCGCCGUCCACGGCAUUCUUAUCCUCCUCCAGACCAUCUUCAUUCUUGGCCUGCUUGUCGCUGUGCUCUUUCCGGUAUGGCUCGGCGCCAUCUUUGCCGGCGGCUGCCUGUUCCUCAACUGGCUGCUUUGUCUCCUCCUGAACGGCAAAACUAUGACUUUCCGAUCAGACGAGAAAUACGCCAAGGCUCUGCCAGAGCAUGAGCACGAGCAGUGGAUUUUCUUGAAUGGUGUUGCUGCAGGGGAGCAUUGGAUGAAGAAUAACUUAAACCGACUUGCCAUUACAUUUGGCCGACCGAUACUUGGCGUCCAUAACCGCACCUCUGGCAUCAUAUUCGACGUUAUCGAGUGUCUUAUCCAGCGAAACUUUUCUUACGCCACCAACGACGUUCGCGUAUGCUACAAAAUUCUCCGAGAUGUACUGUACGACCCGUCAAAAACGAAAGUCAUAUUUGUUCUGCAUUCGCAAGGUGGAAUCGAAGGCGGGUUGGUACUAGACUGGCUUCUUCAAGAGCUGCCCCAAGAUCUCCUGUCCAAGUUGGAGGUGUACACAUUUGGCAACGCCGCGAACCAUUUCAAUAAUCCUCAUCGCCAUGCUGAGUCGCAGGCUCUCACAAUUAAGAAACCACGAGAAGCCCUGGCAACACUGGUAACGGAAACGAGCAUCUCGGGUAUGCAAGUCGAUGUAUUAAUAGAUGCGGGUGACGGCAAGCCGCCAUCGCUCGUCACCCAUUCAUCGAGCAUGUCAACAUCGACGCGAAGCUGGAACGCGGCACAAGAUCGUGCCAUUGGCUACAUUGAACAUUUUGCGCACACGACAGACUUUGUCGCGAUGUGGGGAGUUUUGCAUUUUGCGACAAAUAGAAUGGGUUCGCCACAGCUGCCCAGAUUCAUGGGACGCCUGUUCAGUCGGUCGACUAGACGUGGUGGCCACCAGUUCAAUCAGCAUUAUAUGGACGGCAUGUUUCCGCUGGAGAGGGAUGCUCACACCGGAGCAUUUAUCGGCGCCGCGGAAGAAAACGAAUUCAUGGAAGAGACGAUCAAAGUCGGUAAGGAGGGCGCCGCCAUGGAUAACACGCGCGAGGCCUUUGACAUUACCUACAUGGGCACGACAGGAUUUGGAAGCGGCAACAUUUCGACGCCGGUGGAAGUGCAUGGGACUCCUACCAAGAAGAAGUCGACACAUGAAUUCAAGGUCAAGGACGUGUGUCGGCUUUGGAGCUACAGAAAUGGACGAAGUCCGCAUGAUACCACGUCAGUGACGGGUGCCGCGGCCAUUAUGGCGCGCACUGCCACUCUUUAG